UUUGUGUGAAGAUGGGCGGGACUUGGGCACGGUAGCGUUUCCUGGUUGUUUGCUAACAACCUGCAGCUCCUAAUUUCCCCGUUAUCUGUCUGCUGACAUGUUUUAAUUUCAUUUUAUUUCUUUGGAACAAGUCUGAUGAUGAAGCCGCUUCGUCUCUGAGUUGUGGUCCGCCUCUAUGGUCCCGGGCUGGCCUUAUGGUGGUGCUGUGGAUCUGUGUGGCGCCGCCUGGGGCUAGCGGUGUGGUCUCCCGCAGCAGCUGCUGCGAAUUCUACUUGUUUGCUGUUGUGACCUCGCGCUCAAGUCAUGUUUAUUUUCCCGAAGAUGGCGGCCAGGAGGACACUGUGAACUAAAUGACUGUCAGAAACAUCGCCUCCAUUUGUAAUAUGGGCACCAAUGCCUCUGCUCUGGAGAAAGACAUCGGCCCGGAGCAGUUCCCAAUCAAUGAGCACUACUUUGGACUGGUCAAUUUUGGAAACACAUGCUACUGCAACUCGGUGCUCCAGGCACUCUACUUCUGCCGGCCCUUCCGUGAGAACGUGCUGGCCUACAAGGCACAGCAGAAGAAGAAGGAGAACCUCCUCACCUGCCUGGCCGACCUCUUCCACUCCAUCGCCACGCAGAAGAAGAAAGUGGGCGUUAUCCCACCCAAGAAGUUCAUCUCACGUCUGCGCAAAGAGAACGAUCUGUUUGACAACUACAUGCAGCAGGAUGCCCACGAGUUUCUCAACUACCUGCUGAACACGGUGGCCGACAUCCUACAGGAGGAGAAGAAGCAGGAGAAGCAGAAUGGCCGCCUCAAGAACAAUGGCACCGCUGUGCCCGAGACGGAGACAGAGAACAAGACCGAGCCCACCUGGGUUCAUGACAUCUUCCAAGGCACGCUCACGAAUGAGACUCGCUGCCUCAACUGUGAAACGGUGAGCAGCAAAGAUGAAGAUUUUCUUGAUCUUUCUGUGGACGUGGAGCAGAACACAUCAAUAACACACUGCCUCAGGGACUUCAGCAACACAGAGACGUUGUGCAGCGAGUACAAGUACUACUGCGAGACGUGCUGCAGCAAGCAGGAGGCUCAGAAACGCAUGUGUGUGAAGAAGCUGCCAAUGAUCCUGGCGCUGCACCUGAAGAGGUUCAAGUACAUGGAGCAGCUCCACCGCUACACCAAGCUGUCCUAUCGAGUGGUCUUCCCUCUGGAGCUCCGCCUCUUCAACACGUCCGGGGAUGCUGUCAACCUGGACCGCAUGUAUGAUCUGGUGGCGGUGGUGGUCCACUGUGGCAGUGGUCCAAAUAGAGGCCAUUACAUCACCAUUGUGAAGAGUCACGGCUUCUGGCUGCUGUUUGACGAUGACAUCGUGGAGAAAAUAGAUGCCCACGCCAUCGAGGAGUUUUAUGGGCUUACCUCAGACAUCUCCAAGAACUCCGAGUCAGGAUACAUCCUCUUCUACCAGUCCAGGGAGUGAGUGGGCCUCCAACAACAUCCCACACCGGACCUUCUUCCACUUCCCGCCCUACCUGACAAGUGUGUGUGCGCCAACCACUACUUUCCUCUCCUGACACCUUUUCACCUGCAUCUGGGCUGCACUUUAUGAGACAAAUCCUCACCCUGCCAUAGGUGAUGGCAUGCUCCUCUUAUUCUACUCUUUCAUUCCCUUCCUCUAAGUUUCUACACACACUUUUUUAUAUUACUCCUGUUUGAAGGCUCUUGAUUUUAGCGUCUACCUAACAGCAGAAUCACUGAGCGCUCCUUCUGAAGUUUAAACGACAACAUGUUGCAAAACAAUGUGUAGCGCUUUUCUCUAUUUAUUUAACUUCACUUAUUUAUUGCUCUCAUAGCUGUUUUUCACUUACCAUUGUCGCUGUUCAGUGGCUGCAGCUUUCUUUUCUGGUUUUUAGGAGGGUACUACCAUCUACCAGGAUUCUUUGUGUAUUUGAACAGUAUUAGUGCCCGAUAUCAAACUUUAAAUCUUAAAAUAUUUGUUAAAAAUAUACUGUCUGGAGCUUACCAGUACCUGCUGUAGGCUAGCCCAUCUCUUUCAAAAGGCUUCAUAAAUAGACAGUUAGGAUAAUUGUGCAACUGCUGAAUUGGGACACAGCAACAGUCACUAUUUGCACUUUGUUUUUUGGAGGUUUACUGUAUUGACUCCAAUAUAAGACAACGCUUCUUUUUCAGGAGACGUUUUUGAGAACAUUUUUUAGUCAAAAAUGUUUCUUCAGUUGUUGAAAGAACUGGUACAUGCAAUAAUGUCGUAGCGCAAUGGUUUCAUGAUCCCAACAAUAGAAAUAGUUGAAUAGGAAAAGUUUAGCGCCACAUUUUGGUUUGAAUGUUUAAGUCAUCUGUGAGCCCCCACAUUUACAGUGAGACCUCAUGUUCUUUCAGACCUUUUUUGUAUUUUUUUUUGUAGGGUUAAAAAAAUCUCAUCUUGUAUUGGGGUCAAUAUAGUAAGUGUUUCCACUACUUAUACAGCCAUGGCUGGGGUGUUCAAGGUCAGUGGGAAUUUGCGUCUCUUUAGCGCAUUAAAAGGCCAACUCUUUAUAUUGAAAGGAAAUCUUAGUAGUGCAAUAAGAGGUGAAGUGCAGUGUGGAGUUCCCCACAGAUGUUGCAUACAUCUUAUGUUGGAUGUCCACUUCUGAUUUGUAACCUCAGUUUGUCUUCAUCUAUUCUAAUUUUUCUUCCCUCUGUCUUUAAUAACUUGAAGUGUGUGUGUGUGUGUGUGCACGUUUCCUUGCGCAUUGAAGCCCCUCUGUGCUAAAUAUUCAUGUUAAUAUAUUUCUGAGUUGCAGAGUCUUGUGUCAAACAGGAAAUUAGCAUUUCAAACACAUCCUGUCUGUAAAUAGUGAGACAUGCGUGUGUGUGUGUCAUUUUAACAUGAGAGUACAAAGUCAGGUGUCCCCAACCUUUUUUGCACCACGGACCGGUGUGACUUGGGUCUUUUUUUCACAGACCGGCAAUGUGUGGCAGAAAAAUACAGCAAAUAUAAAUUAACACGACGGGGCUGAAAGCAAAUGUUAAGUGCAGGGAAAAUAUAACUCACCAGCUGAAUCAGUGGGAGGCAUGAGCUUGUUUCGUUGAGACAGUGAGUCGUUAAUAAAUUAUUUAUUAUUUCUGUGCGACCCAGUAGCAAAUGCGCCACUGACCGGUACCAGUCCCAGCCCGGCGGUUGGGGACCCCUAUGCUAAGUGACUCUUGUUUGUCGACAGGACAAAAGUGCCAAACUGAAGUUGAUGUGGACCCUGUAAUGUUUUAUUUUCCUUCUACAUAAAGGUUUAUUCUGUAGAAAAACUUCUUUGGAAAUGACAUAUUUUUUUAAAGAUGUUUAAAAAAAAAAAAAGACGUAGCUUCUAACAGAGGGAGUUGUGUAGUUUUGGGGAAAAAAAGAUGUCUUCCAUUUGCCAUCUAUGCACUUGCUGGUGACUCUUACUGUGAUUGUGGCCAGCACAGAGCGCCACCUGCUGAAGGAGAAGAUGAUGGCGUGUGUUAUUGGCUGCAAGGUAAAAAAAUACAAAUAAAAAGUGCACUUUGUUAGUGAUAUGAAACCAUGGUAACACUCUCACUUUGUUCUCAAUAAAAGUGACCAUCCGUGACCAUGUCUCUGGUUGUGUUGUCAUGAAU